CCCCCCUCCCUCUCGUCCACCGGUUCCUCUGUUCCCCUCCUCUCUCUCAUCUCUGGGCUUUGCAGGAGCAGAGCUCUCUGUUUUCUCCCCAUCCCCAGAGAUACUCUCGACGAGAAGGUCGCCAUGGCCGGGAAGGGAGACGGGCCAGCGAUCGGGAUCGACCUCGGCACCACCUACUCGUGCGUCGGGGUCUGGCAGCAUGACCGCGUCGAGAUCAUCGCCAACGACCAGGGCAACCGCACCACGCCGUCGUACGUCGCGUUCACCGACUCCGAGAGGCUCGUCGGCGACGCCGCCAAGAACCAGGUCGCCAUGAACCCCAUCAACACCGUCUUCGAUGCCAAGCGGCUCAUCGGCCGGCGCUUCUCGGACGCGUCGGUGCAGAGCGACAUCAAGCUGUGGCCUUUCAAGGUGGUGCCGGGCUCCGCCGACAAGCCCAUGAUCGGGGUCAAGUUCAGGGGCGAGGAGAAGCAGUUCUCGGCCGAGGAGAUCUCCUCCAUGAUCCUCAACAAGAUGAAGGAGACGGCCGAGGCCUACCUCGGCAGCACCGUCAAGAACGCCGUCGUCACCGUCCCGGCCUACUUCAACGACUCGCAGCGCCAGGCCACCAAGGACGCCGGCGUCAUCUCCGGCCUCAACGUCAUGCGCAUCAUCAACGAGCCCACCGCCGCGGCCAUCGCCUACGGCCUCGACAAGAAGUCGAGCAGCGACGGCGAGAAGAACGUGCUCAUCUUCGACCUCGGCGGCGGCACCUUCGACGUCUCGCUCCUCACCAUCGAGGAGGGCAUCUUCGAGGUCAAGGCCACGGCCGGCGACACCCACCUGGGCGGCGAGGACUUCGACAACCGCCUCGUCAACCACUUCGUGCAGGAGUUCAAGAGGAAGAACAAGAAGGACAUCAGCGGCAACCCCAGGGCGCUCCGGCGCCUGCGCACGGCCUGCGAGCGGGCCAAGAGGACGCUCUCCUCCACCGCCCAGACCACCAUCGAGAUCGACUCCCUCUACGAAGGCAUCGACUUCUACACCACCAUCACCCGCGCCCGCUUUGAGGAGCUCAACAUGGACCUCUUCCGCAAGUGCAUGGAGCCCGUGGAGAAGUGCCUCCGCGACGCCAAGAUGGACAAGAGCAGCGUGCACGACGUCGUGCUCGUGGGCGGCUCCACCCGCAUCCCCCGCGUGCAGCAGCUGCUCCAAGACUUCUUCAACGGCAAGGAGCUCUGCAAGAGCAUCAACCCCGACGAGGCCGUCGCGUACGGCGCCGCCGUCCAGGCCGCCAUCCUCACCGGCGAAGGCAACGAGAAGGUGCAGGACCUGCUCCUGCUCGACGUCUCGCCGCUCUCGCUCGGCCUGGAGACGGCCGGUGGCGUCAUGACGGUGCUGAUCCCGAGGAACACCACCAUCCCGACCAAGAAGGAGCAGGUCUUCUCCACCUACUCCGACAACCAGCCCGGCGUGCUCAUCCAGGUGUACGAGGGUGAGAGGGCCCGGACCAAGGACAACAACCUGCUCGGCAAGUUCGAGCUGUCUGGCAUCCCGCCGGCGCCCAGGGGCGUCCCCCAGAUCACCGUGUGCUUCGACAUGGACGCCAACGGCAUCCUCAACGUGUCGGCGGAGGACAAGACCACCGGCCAGAAGAACAAGAUCACCAUCACCAACGACAAGGGCCGGCUGAGCAAGGAGGAGAUCGAGAAGAUGGUGCAGGAGGCCGAGAAGUACAAGGCCGAGGACGAGGAGCACAAGAAGAAGGUGGACGCCAAGAACUCGCUCGAGAACUACGCCUACAACAUGCGCAACACCAUCAGGGACGACAAGAUCGCGUCCAAGCUCCCGGAGGCCGACAAGAAGAAGAUCGACGACGCCAUCGAGGGGGCCAUCACCUGGCUGGACAACAACCAGCUCGCCGAGGUUGACGAGUUUGAGGACAAGAUGAAGGAACUGGAGGGCAUCUGCAACCCCAUCAUCGCCAAGAUGUACCAGGGCGCCGCUGGUCCUGACAUGGCCGCUGGCAUGGCCGAGGAUGCUCCGCCGGCCGGCGGCAGCGGUGCUGGACCCAAGAUCGAGGAAGUCGACUAAAUGAGGAGAUUUUGAUCGCUGGUCUUGCUCUAAAAUAAUCUGCCGCUGAUUUGCACAGUGGAUCUUGUACUCUUCCUGCAGUUUUUGGUUUUCGGCUUUUCGCCAUACUAGUUUAUGUUAAGUUGAUUUGGAACCAUGGUUAUAGAUAGUGAUUAGUAUCAUGCUUCUCCGGUUCUCCCA